AUGGCGCAAUCACCUCAGUGCUCUGACACAUACCUGCGGGCGCAACAGGUCCCACAGCAUGUCACCGCACUUUUGUCGCACCUCACGUCUCGCCCGGGAGUCCAAUCGACCAUGAUUCUAGCCCGCAAGGACGGCUCCAUCAUUCAAUGCACCGGUGAACUCGCUGCUUCCCAUACUGUGGCUCGGUCGGCUUCGCCUGUGCCACUGGUUAUUGAAGCCGUGACCACCAAAGAUCCAUCGGAAGUGUCCCCGACUUCUCCAACGACUUCCACGGCCGCACCGGCACCGGCACCGGCACCGUAUCAGCCCUCACAAGCGGAAACGCUCGCAGCACACAUCUUCAAUUUCGUUGCCAGCGCCUCGGCACUUGGCUUGACACUUGCUCAUCCUGUCACAACUCGGACGGGGAAUGAACGCCUGGCGAACGGACUCAAUGGGGGUAAUAACGACUACGGGGGCCACGCAGCUGGUGGAGGCUCGAGUGCGCCCCGUGAGGAGGACCUGGACACGGGUCGUGAGCGAGAGGAAGAAGACGAGAUCAAAUUGUUACGCAUGCGCACGCGAAAACACGAGAUUGUCGUGGUACCGGAUCGCAAAUAUCUUCUUUGCGUGGUGCACGAUGCAACGCAUGGUGGUUCUGGGUCGGCCGGGGCACGAGUUGCUCGGUAG